AUGCCAAACCAACAACUACCACCAGAGACUGUUAUUGAUGUGCAGCCUCCUCCAUAUUCUCCCUAUGAUUAUACAGAAGCUAACCGAGGAUGCAAUCAUCAACUGGGUGAGUCGUACUAUCCUCCUAUAGCAUGGUGCUGGGCCAUUUUACUAUUUCCAAUUGGAAUCCUAUGUUGUCUACAUAUGAAGGUUCGAAAAUGUAUAAAAUGUGGCUUACAAGAAGAUGACGAAACCUACACUCAACAACAAAAAGAUCGUAGUGGUGAUGGAGCAUACCGACUUGGAUUUGCUAUUGGUGCAGUCUCGGAAGCCAUCACACAUCCGAUUAUUUAA